ACGCGUCAAGCCACAUGGCACAUGCACCAAAGUGGCUAUGUAUCCACCUUUACCCCUUUCACUUUAGUUCCUUCCAAGAAUAGUAAAUUGAUCUCCAUACCAUUUUGCGACGUAAGAAUUCACAAAGAGAUUGCGAAGUUCUUAACAAACAGACGCAAUUAUUGACUUGAUACGAAUACCAAAACGAGAAACAACUGAAAAUAUCCAAUCAUCACGACAGUACGUCAUCUCACGAUAACCAUCCGAAUUGAAACUCAUCACAAACCUUCCGACUUGACGAUAUCCACUCUCGCAGAACCUCAUUCCAAUUCGCGACAACAAACCAUCACAAUGCAUUUCACCUCACUCUCCACUCUACCUCUCCUCGCCCUCCUCCCAACCCUCACAUACGCACAAGCAGGUUUAGGUGGAAUAGUCGUCACAUCAGUAGCCACACAGAUGGCAACCACAACGCCAGGAGCCCCAUCACUUUACACGACAGAUGGUACGACGACCGUCUCAUAUAUACCGAUAUAUACGCAGACGUUUGCUACGACGGCUUUGGGAACUUGGGCUAUUGGACCUACGCCGCUGGUGGGAAGUAUUGGGUUGGGUAGUAUUCACGGGACGGCUGGGUCGAUGAAAAGUAAGAGGGCGGCGGCUAGUGGGGUUUUUGGGGAAAGUCGUUAGGGGUUUGUGGAAUGGAUUGGAUGAGGGACGGGGAUGGGGAUGGUGAUUGGAGGAGAAUGUGGUGAUAGUGAAAUGUGGCUGAGAUGGUUUGAGAAGGGUGUUGGAAAUGUGCCAGAUGACACGAGAUGAAUUAUGAUAAGAAGUGAAAACGGAGGUGGAAAUCUGGAUACGAUAGACGAUGCGAUGUGAUAAUACGACAAUGUCAAGGGAUAUAUGUCUUCACGAAUGAUGAUGAACCUUUCGAUUGAGUUUCCAUCCUUCCAGUCAGCGCACGGAUUCAUCUCCAACUAUGACGAUUGAUGUCGAAAUCCUCAUUGAUUAUCCAUAUCCAUCUCAGAUCAACACUCGAAAAGAGCGUCCAGUUCAGUAGUUGAGCGAUUCAUUCAAAAUAACCUAGACAGCAUUCAGCACAUGAUACAUCACAGCGAACCGAAUACUCACACCGCUAACAUCAUCAACUACCUACCUCCCACGCAUCUCACACAUAUCUUCCACCACCCUCAUUUAAACCAACCAUACGCAUCAACCUCACUAGACGAAAACCACUAGUAACUUUACACAUGCAAAAGUUCCAAAUCCGUUGACUAGAUUCGUGAAGCGGCAUUAUUAGGAGUUUCGGCGCAGUCUUUACUUUAUUUUGUUCUGCCAAUUUGAAAACUUAGAGGCAAAUGAUACAACAUCGGUUUUCAAUUUUUCAAUUUUUUUUACUUCUUGGUUUUGUGUCGAUUCUGGAUUUUGGUUUUUGUCUGAGUAGGUAGUUGGAUGGAUAUUAGAAAUAUCAAUUAGUUUAUACUGGAGAGGAUCGGAGAGGAGAUGAGGAUGGGGAUGGU